AUGAGUGCCACGUGGAGCCAGCAAGUCCAGUUGGACGAGAAAGAGAAGCCACUAGCGGAGUACAUGACCCUCCCCGCGUCGCAAUAUUCCGUGCUGGACGCGGAGCGCAUCGAGCGCGUGGACAGCAGCACGUUCCGCUGCUACGCGCACCGCGUGCAGUUCUUCAGCGUGGAGAUCUGCCCCGUGCUGCUCGUGCGCGUCGACGAGGAGGCCGAUGGGUGCACCAUCCGCCUGCUUUCCGCCACGGUGAGCGCGGGCGGGGAGGCGCAGGGGGGAAGGGAAGCACGGGGAAAGCACGGGGGGAAUUAG